AUGAAGCUGAAAUUAAACUUCGCGAAAAAGAAAAGAGGGUUUGACCUCUCCAUAAUCGAAGGUUGCAAAUCCCUCUUUGGGAAACUAUUCGGAAGCGGUGUUGACAAAUAUUUUAAAAUAGUUAACCUUGCAAUAAUUACAAUAUUCGUCACAGUUUUGAAUUAUAUAUACGCCUUUGAUACAAAAUAUGGAAAGAGGAAGAACAAAAACUUGCUCUACAUGUACUACGGAUUUUUAGUAUGUCUGGUGGGGUUCGCCAUCAGCAUUAACUGGAUAUACUUUGAGUAUGUCAAGAAUAAGAAGAAGAAAGGCUCCCCCUUGGAAGUUAAAAGUAAGAUAUGA